AUGACCAAACCAGACGAUCGUCCCCAACCUUUACGCUCCACUUCGCCUUCACGACAUAAUUAUAUCGGAUCCAGCUCAAGCAUAGCUCCAUCUUACUACAACAUACCAUUCAGAGGAUCGUUCGCCAACCUAUUCUCACUUGUAGGGCUCUCUAGUACAUUGAAAAGAUCGAAAGACGAGGAGGAUGACGAUGAAGAGGAAGAUCUGACGGACGGCGAAGUUGAUGAGGAUGAUGGAGAGCAGAGCACAGGUGGUGAGGUAGAUGAAGAAUCUCUCAUGUGGGAUGCUCAGACCGCAUUGAUAUCUCACCGUCCAGAAUUAGCUAUCAAACUAUACACUCAAGCUGCUCUACCACCCUUCUGCUCAGCUUCAGCAUGUCUAGCCUUGGGUAACCUGUUGAUUAGAGGCUCGACUCUAACGGAGCAUGAGGCUCACGAUUUCCACCAUCAUUCUCACGGUCAACUCCAACCUGAUCAAGCCCAUGACCAUGAACGUGAGAAAGUUCAAGUUUUGAAUAAUAACUCCACAAUAACAUCAAAGAUAUAUAGCAAAUUCUUUGGAUCCUCUUCUUCUCCUUCUUCUUCACAUACGAACAGCACCCUAAGACCCAUACCUCCUAGACGACCUACCUUGGAUCUAGUAGCUUCAGGAUGGCAGAUACCGAAAGAUGGCAAGAGGGCAGUGAGAGAUGUCAAGUCGAUGGGAGUCGCUGGAGCGUGGUUGGUCUUAGGAUUAAGUUGGUUGGUACAGGAGGAACUGGAAAGAGAGAAGAAGCAGGUGGAUAAGAGGGAACAAAAGCAGGUAUCUCAGACCGUUAAGAUCGUCCCCACAACCACUUCAAAUGGAAUAAAUCAUAAUGCUGAACACGCCGGGGACGAUUUGAUGAGAGAAGAAGAGGUUUUAUCGUUUGACCUCAAAGGCAAACUCAAGCACAGAAACGAAGAUAGACUCAAUCGUCGAACAACAUCGGACACCGUCACUGGAAUCGAUCCCAAAUUUGAAAGCACAUUAUCAGACUCGGUCGAUACCCUCUGUCCACCGAAAUUAAACCCUAGUUCCAAUUCUGGCCGGACAUCUGAAUCGACCAUCAUAAGAACUCCCGGUGAUGGUCUUGUUGAUGAUCCCUUUGAGCGUGAGAAUGAGGAUGUUGAUAUUGAAGAUACAGCUAGGAAGAUGGAGGUCAUGCAAACUAUGUAUAACCUGCUGCAACCGCUCUUAAAACUCUAUCGACACGGCCACAUCCAACCUCAAGACCCCGUAUCACUCCCACCUAUUUCCCUGCAGGCCCUUCCAAGCGUCUUACGACCGAGGAACGAGGCUGAAAAGGGAAGGAACGUAUGGCGUUUAGGUCACGUCGUGGCUUCCAAGAUAGCUCUUUUAGAAAUGAUGAAAAAGGAAGAGAAAGAACUGGGAGCCGGCAUAGAGAUGAAGGAGAUUGAGAGACUUAGAGGUAGUGUGGAUAUCAUCGUUAAUUAUAUUCUCGCAAUGACAUCUCAUGGUUUGGAAGCUGAAAUCUACUUUAAGAAUGUUAUCUCUCACCCACCGACGGGAUACGAAAUAGCCGACGAUCUCAUCAGACAGGCUGCUAAAAGAUUAGAUAUUAUCACUUCCACACCUAAAGACGAUAAUUUGAUGAAACGGACCCCAUUCCCAGAUACUCAACUUCCUCUUCCGACAAAUUCAUCAUUAUCAUCUCGUCAGAAAAGAUCUUCUCCUCGAAAACCAUCUGUGACCGCUCAUGGACGUAAACCAUCUAUAUCUUCUAUCACUUCCUUAUCAGCCUUCAAAAUAUUGUCUACUCCCAUCAAAUCUUCAGCUUCGGUUGCUUCGCUAGCUUCCAUCACGGAUGAUCAUUACGAGCCAGUCACUGUAAAAUUGAGCGAAAGAGAUAGAGAAAACGAAAACGAAGAUGCCAUGUCGACAUUACGGAGAGUCCAUGCCAAGUCGAUGGCUGAUCUGACCGAAGCGUUUUCACGUCAUGAACAACAUGAAGAAGAAUCAGCAAGAUAUCCGUCACUUGAUGGAUGGAAAUUAUUGCCUCCUAUCGAAAAUGAUAGAUCCACCUCAGCUCAAUCACACUCGAAUUCAUUCGCUUUUGGGGUGUCUCAACAAUCCCAGCGGACUAUCAUCUCUAAUCAGUACUAUCAAGGUGUAAACGCUGCCAAUACCAACACCUUACGUCCAGUAGCUUCAUCACCCCAGUUCGGGACUUUGCGUGCUACAGCAAAGGGUGAUAGCUCGUCCAGACGCAAAUUACCAUUUGAACCUUGCUCAGACCAACAGAUCAACCCUAUCGAUCCCGAAUUGGCCAAAGCGGAAUUAUCCAGCGCACUGACUAAACAUGUUAUAUGUGGGGUAUGUGAGAUGCAGGGUGUGAAUUUCCCGGAAUGUAGGAGGUGCGGAUUGACUUUUUGUUCGAGGGAAUGUAGAGUAGGGGAAGAUAAGGCUGGGAAUGGGAAAAAACAUAUAUGCGGUUUAUGGGAAUCUAGGAAAUUGUUAUCUGGCCCAGAUAGUACGAACCCAUUAAUCGGCAACAAUGAUACAAGGCAAUCACAUAUAGAGAAGACCAUCCCACCAGUAAGAGUGGCAAGGGUACAUUAG